GAACACAAAUUAGCGCACACUCACUAAUCACAAAGAAAACCACACAAGAAACACUCGCAAAUGAUUUCAAUUUCACCUCCACCGUCUCUUCCUCUCCGCCACCACCACAACCGCCUCCUUCUUCACCGAAGCCACCGUCUCCUCUUCACAAUUGGGUCAUCUUCAACCUCAAGUAUCCAAGAGGCGUUAGAGGAAAAAAAAAAAGCAAAAGAAAAGGACUUGUUGAGCUCGGAUUAAAGCAGCAAAGAGACUAGUUCUCGUGCGUCACGGGCAAAGCAAGCGCAAUGAAUGAUGGAUAUAAGCUCCGAUUUCUCUGUUUUGACUAAGAAAGGCGAGGCUCAAGCCAAGACCGCCUCUCGCCAAAUGCUUCUCGAUGAUUCCUUCGAUGUCUGCUUCUCUAGGUCAGGUUCCACUGUCUCCUUCUUUACUGCCGUUUUAUGGAGCUUUGAUUGUCGUUUUGAAUUUUAUUUUUUUUGGUUGAUUGUUGUGUGAGUUUUGUGUUUGUGGUUCACUUUCAGCCCCUUGAUUAGGUCGAAAAGAACAGCGGAGAUCAUAUGGGGAUUUGUUAUUGGUUUGUCCUUUAUUUGUCUUUUGGAAGCUAACUGGAAGAACAUUUUUAAAUAAAAAUUUUAAAAAUUAUUUUAAUAUAUAUUUAAAAAACAUACUUUUAAAAAAUAUAUCUAUCACUAAUUAGCAACUCUAUCCUAGCCCAGCAAAACGCAAAGGGUGGGACUUGUGGUUACUAUGGGCCUUGUGAAAUUAAGAGGGCCCAUGGACCAGAAUCCAACGCCAUCAUCAACAUAAAGAGGUGUUGACUGUUGAGGUUUUAAAGAGGUUUUAGGGUUGAAGGAGAGAAAGAAAAGGAGAUUGGAAAUGGCAAAUUGGGCAUGUGCAGGGAGGUCUACCUCCAACAUAAUGCGAGCAGCACUAAGAGCAACAAAAAAUUCAGCAUCACCAACAACUAGGGUUUCUGUUUCUCAAUUUUCUUCUCCAAUCCGUCUUCCCAAUUUGACCCUCCAUUGUCACUCCCGCAUUUCGUCUUCGAGAUUGGUGCGUCGAGAAUUGAGCUCGCUUCUUCCUGUCCACAGCGCCAUUGCUUCUGCUUGCCUUGUAUCCAAACUCCCAAGCGAAGUCAGCACCUCCUCUGAAGGUAGAUUUGCUAAUUAUAUCAGUCCCAUCUAGUGCCGGUGCUUGCAGUGGCAAAGAACGAUUAGUUGAAUGGCAAUCAGUUUUUUCAAAACUGAAAUUCAAGUUUCCUGAGGUCAACUUCUAAACAUGCUUGUUUAACUACCUUUAAUUUAAUAGUCAAGUCUUGAGAUAUCUCAUGAAAUUCUUCUACUCUACCAUGUGAUGAAUUGGUUUUGUGAUAAGUGGCAGGAUGAUUUUAUUCUCUAUGUCCUUUGAUCAUUUGUGAAUUUAAAAUUUCCACUGAGGUGAUAACAGUAUCUGAAUAUGAUUAUGAUACUGACUUUUGUAUCCAGUUAGUGCAUGAAUAAAAUGGUACGCAUGUGGAGACUGUGUAGUUAAUUUCA